AUGGGAAAAUGCAAGGCCGAGGAGUCUGACCUGGAUUUUCAUCUCAGUUGUACUUCUCUGAAUCUCAAAUUGCCACUUAAUAUAUCAAGAAAUAAUUUGGAAGCAUCUACUUGUAAAAUGACGGAGCUGUUUAGUUUUGAGAAAAAUGAAAGUAAGCUUCUGGCACAUGAUUCUUUAAGAAGUCUUGGAGCGCAUCCUAACCAUCCUAAUUUCAGGUUGAAAAGCCCAGAGAAUGGAAAUAAGAAGAAAAAAUUUUUGCUUUGUGAGCAAACCAAACAGUAUUUGGCUAGUCAGGAAGACAGUUCAAAUCCUAAUGGCAUCAAUGGAGAAGUGGUUGGAUCCAGAGGAGAAAGUAAGAUAUUGCCAACAGGAAACUCAGUGUCAGCAUUAAAUGUUGGCAAUAAUUCACCACCCCAAAAAGUAAAUACUAAGCUCAGCAAUAGUGGGCCUCCUGCAAAGUCAAAAAAAUUACACAAGCUGGUUGAGAAUUCCUUGUCCAUAAGUAAUCCAGCGUUCUUCGACUCUUUAGGACCCCCUCCUCUGUCAACAACUUGCCAUCACUGUGGCCUGUUUGGAUCGCACAGGUGUUCUCAGUGCAAGCAAGCAUACUACUGCUCCACAGCAUGUCAGAGGAGAGACUGGGCAGCACACAGCAUCGUCUGCAAACCUGUGCAGCAGAAUUUCCACAAACCGGAAGACAAUAAGUCACCUUUUGAAACAAAGAAAACAGAAUUGAAAAACGAGAGUGAUUAUCCACUUGGAGUUAUUAAAGAAGUAGCCAUUUGUGCUGAGAAAAUAAUGUUUUCUGAUUUGAGAAGUCUACAAGUCAUGAAAGCCAUGGAAAUAAAGGGUACGGUUACUGAAUUCAAACACCCAAGUGACUUUUACGUGCAGUUAUAUUCUUCAGAAGUUUUAGAAUACAUGAGCCAACUUUCUGCAAGCUUAAAAGAAACAUAUGCAAAUAUGGUGCAUGAAGAAGAUUAUAUUCCUGUUAAGGGGGAAGUAUGUGUGGCCAAGUACACUGUUGAUCAGGCCAUAAAGUGCUUUGUGGCUAAUGUUAUCCCAGCAGAAGGGAAUUGGAGCAAUGAUUGUAUCAAAACCAUUAAAUCACUGUUAAUGGAGCAGUACUGCUCUAUCAAGAUUGUCAGCAUCUUAAAAGAGGAAGUGAUUACCUUUGCUGUAGAUGUUAUGCUGCCAAGUUCAGGAAAAUUCCUAGACUGUGUACUUGUAGAAAUGGGGUAUGGCUUGAAACCCAUAGGACAAAAUUCUAAGCAAAAUGCAGAUCAAAGUGAUCCUGAGGAUGUUGGGAAAAUGACAGCUGAAAACAAAAUUGUUGUGGACAAAAGUAACCUAAUACCAAAAGUGUUAACUUUGAAUGUAGGUGAUGAGUUUUGUGGUAUGGUUGCCCAUAUUCAGACACCAGAAGACUUCUUUUGUCAACAACUACAAAGUGGCCAUAAGCUUGCUGAACUUCAGGCUUCCCUUAGUGAGUACUGUGGUCAAGUGUCUCCACGCUCUGAUUUUUAUCCAGCUAUCGGUGAUGUAUGUUGUGCUCAGUUCUCAGAGGAUGAUCAGUGGUACCGUGCCUCUGUUUUGGCUUAUGCUUCUGAGGAAUCUGUACUGGUUGGAUAUGUAGAUUAUGGAAACUUUGAAAUCCUUAGUUUGACAAGACUUUGUCCCAUAAUUCCAAAAUUGUUGGAAUUGCCAAUGCAAGCUAUAAAGUGUGUGCUGGCAGGGGUAAAGCCAUCAUUAGGAAUUUGGACUCCAGAAGCUGUUUGUCUCAUGAAAAAUAUUGUACAGAACAAAAUGAUCAUGGUGAAAGUGGUGGAUAAGUUGGAAAACAGUUCUCUGGUGGAGCUUACAGAUAAAUCCAUGACGCCCAACAUUAAUGUCACUAAAGCUCUCAUAGAAACAGGCUUUGCCGUGGGGGAAAAGGUGGUAGUGACAGAUAAACCCAGUGACAUGAAGGGAACCUGUGUUCCUUUGGGUGUAGAAGGAAAAGUCAAUCCACUGGAGUGGACAUGGGUUGAACUUGCCAUUGACCAAACAGUAGAUGUUGUGGUCUGUGUGAUGUAUAAUCCUGGAGAGUUUUACUGCCAUGUGCUUGAAGAGGAUGUUUUAAAGCAGCUAAAUGAUUUGAACAAAUCACUAGCAGAAUACUGCCAGCAGAAGUUGCCUAAUGGUUUUAAGGCGGAAAUAGAACAACCUUGUUGUGCUUUUUUUGCAGGUGAUGGUAAUUGGUAUCGUGCUUUAGUCAAGGAGAUCUUACCAAAUGGAAAUGUUAAAGUACAUUUUGUGGAUUAUGGAAACAUUGAAGAAGUGACUGCAGAUGAACUUCAAAUGAUAUCAUCGAAAUUUUUGAAACUUCCAUUUCAAGGGAUACGGUGCUGGUUAGUAGAUAUACAGCCUGCAAACCAGCACUGGACUAAAGAAGCCAUAGCAAGAUUUCAGACAUGUGUUGCAGGGACAAAACUCCAAGCCAGAGUGGAUGAGAUCACUGAAAAUGGGGUGGGAAUUGAACUUACCGAUAUUUCUACUUCUUAUCCCCAAAUCAUUAGUGAUGUUCUGAUUAAUGAGCAUCUGGUUUUAAAAGCUGGUUCACCCCAUAAAGACUUGCCAAAUAACAGACUGUUUAAUAAACAUGAUCUUCAAAUUGACACCCAGGAGCUUCUAGCCAUCUCUUCAGCUGAUCAGUGGAAGACAGUAGAAUUGCCAGUUAAUAAAACUGUGCAAGCAAGCAUUUUAGAAGUAAUAAACCCUAACCUGUUUUAUGCUCUACCAAAUGAGAUGCCAGAAAAUCAGGAAAAACUGUGUAUAUUGAGAGCCAAGUUGUUAGAAUAUCUCAAUGCUCAGGAAAGUCAACCGUCCUAUAGACCAAGAAUUGGAGAUGCGUGCUGUGCCAGAUACACAAAUGAUGGUUUCUGGUACCGUGCAAUUGUUUUGGGGAUAUCAGACACGGAUGUGAAAGUGCUCUAUGCAGACUAUGGGAACAUUGAAACCCUGCCACUUUCCAGAGUACAGCCAAUCACUGCCAGCCACCUGGAGCUUCCUUUCCAAAUUGUUAAAUGUUCACUUGAAGAAAAGAUGUGUAGGAUGAAUUGCUGCUGCACAGAAUUACAGAAACAAGUUGAAAAACAUGAACAGAUUCUUCUCUUCCUCUUAAGCAAUCCAACCAAUCAAAAUAAAUUUAUUAAAAUGAAAAAACUGUUACAAAGUUAA